AUGUUUCGUGCUCAGCAUCAGCCAGGUGAAGCAAGGGCCAAGGCUAAAGACUUGACAGCUUCGCGAACGCUCACUCGACGGCAAGGCUUUUUGACUUAUUAUUUCAGUGAAGCAGCUCGCAAACAUAAAAGUCUUCUUGUACACCGCGCCGGUCUCCAUGAAGGUCUCCUGGUUGCUGUGCUGGCGUCAGGUUCUGGCAGUCCCGCUGAGCUGCAGACCUCUAGCGAAGUCGUUGAUAUUGAUCCCUACCAUGCCACCCUCACUCUCGGGGAACGGAGAGACGCUCGACGGCGUACGUUAUCUUCCCAAUAUCUGUUACGAUUGCAAGGGAGAGGUGGGGACCGAGUAUCCGGUCUUCAACCCGCAUGCAGCAGAAUCCAAGGCAGUCCCAUCAAGGUGACGCGAGUGGCAAGACAACCAAAGCUUCCUUCCUGA